AGGAAAGGAGCUGGACAGUGAGACUGCUGCGCUGUCACUGUCUCAGUGGCCCCCCCGGACUGGGUGGAGAUGUAUGCCUUUUACUCCCUGUUAGUCUACAUCUUCUACACCGUCUUCAAGAAGGAGGAGGAGGAGGAGGGAGCUGAGGAGGGGGCGUGUGGAGCUGCCUCUAAGGAGCCAAGACAUGUUUCCAUGGAAACAGGGAGCAGGAGGAGAACUGGCCACAUCCCCAGGAAGAAAAAAAGGGGAUGUGCCCGGUUGAGUGACUCAAGCAGUAGCAGUGAAAGUGACGGCCUCUCCCCAAGUGAUGAUGACGAUGGUGGCGGUGACAUCCCAGAUAUCCCAGCAUGCACCCCUCUCGCCGCUUUCCUGUCCUUCAAGCAGGAGGCGGAGAAGAGGAGGGCUUCCCAAGUUCAGCUUGAGACAACAGGAAAGUUGUCAGAGUCUCCCCUGGUGGCAGUCAUGUCCCACUUGCUGAGUUUUCUGGAGCAGUACUCCCACCUCCAGCAGCUGCAGCAGCAGGCCGACCAGUACCGAGUCCAGUUGAAGAGGCAUCGGGCCCAGCACCGGCGCCAGAUGAAGGCCCUGCGGGCCUCAUACCGCCAGCGCCUCCGAGACAAGAACAGCGUCAUCAACAGCUUGGAGGAAGUCCUCACCCAGCAACAGAGUCCGAGCCCAGCAAGCGAGGGUGAGUGCAGCGCGUCCCCAGGGGCCCCUGCAGGCCUCCACAGGCUGGUGGAGUCUCUGUAUGGCCUCCAGGGGGAGAAGAGCAAGCUGAGAGGGGAGCUACGACUGCUGCACUCCCAGCUGGAGCAGAGGGAACAGGACCGGCACUCACGCGUACUGGCCUUCCAGCAGCAGAUUGAUGAACUGAAGAGCUGCAUCGAGGAACGUGAGGAGGAACUGUCCCGACUGAAAACUGACUCUGGGGCCACAGAUUCUGAGAAGCGUGUGGUCUGUCUGUCUGCGGAAAACGAGAGUCUAAAGCAGAGCCUGAGUGUCACCCAGGGCAUCCUGCAGCAGCUGUCAGUCAUCCCCUCCCAGUCCAGCUCCGUGCUCAUCAAGGAAAAUGAAAACCUGCGGAGCCGGGUACAGCAGCUUGAGAAUUCCCUCCAACAGCGCGCCGAGCAGAUGUCGCACCUGGAGCGUCAGAGCGAGCAGAGCGAGUGGAGGAAAGGAGAGGAGCUGAGGAGACGAGAGGAGAGAGUGAGGGAGCUGCAACUGGAGCUGGAUAAGGAGAGGGGCAAGGAGCCGCUAGUCAAGUAUGUCACUCAGACAGUGGAGGUGGAGUCUCCUUCCACACUGAGGCAGUUGGCCGAGGCCAGAGAGAAGAACGACCUGCUGUCAGAGAAGUUGUCCAAUCAGAACGAGCGGUGCAAACAGCUGGAGGAGCAUAUCAGGAAAUCAGAUGAAUACAGCUGUAAUCUGCAACACAAGAUUGCGGCCUACGAGAGAGAGAUCAGUAAACUCCGUGAGGAGCUGCUGAAGGAGAUUGGUCACCUGGAGGAGAAGAAGGAGGAGGCGGUGAAGGCAGCCGCCAACUGCUCAGCAGAACACUUCCAGAGCCUCCAGGAACAGUUUUUCAGUCUGCAGGAGCGCCUCACAGCACUCCCUCCAACCCUGCGCACCAUGAAGACAGAUUACGCCAGUCUCAGGAGCCAGGUCCGCAACUUCUCUGACUUCUACGGAGCGGCCAUCACCGACGCCAAGAAACAGAUCUCAGCUGCUAUGAGUGAAAUGUCUGAAGCAAAUAAAGACCUUCUGGAAAAGUACAGGAAGGAGGUGGCCCUUCGCAGGAAGUACCACGAGCAGCUGGUAGAGCUCAAAGGCAACAUUCGUGUGCUGUGUCGUGUGAAGCCAGUGUUGAAGGAGGACCAGCAUGAGGAGGGCCAGUCAGUUGUGGUGACCACAGACCCCCUCAAUGAGUCAGCGCUAACGGUGAUGAACAAAGGAAAGGGCCGGAUCUUUGAACUGGACAAAGUCUUCCACCCUCAGGCUACUCAGGAAGAGGUGUUUCAGGAGAUUGAGCCUCUUGUCACCUCAUGCAUAGAUGGAUAUCAUGUCUGCAUCUUUGCCUAUGGGCAAACUGGCUCUGGGAAGACCUACACCAUGGAGGGAAGUGUGGAGAACCCAGGUAUCAACCAGCGGGCCCUGAAGCACCUGUUCAGUGAGAUCGAGGACAGGAAGGACAUGUGGACAUACACUGUCAGUGUCAGCUCUGUGGAGAUCUACAACGAGGUCCUCAGAGACCUUCUCAGUAAGGAUGGAGAGAAGCUAGACAUCAAGAUCAACCCUGAUGGAACCGGGCAGUUGCAUGUCCCUGGCCUCAGAGUCAUUGAGGUCAAGAGCUUCCAGCACAUCAAGAAGAUCUUAGCGAUGGCCCGUCGUAACCGGAUCACCUUCGGCACCCAGAUGAACCAGCACAGUUCCCGUUCUCACGCCCUAUUGUGCAUCUCAGUUCUGGGCACAGACCUGGCCACCGGGGCCAAGACCACAGGCAAGCUGAACCUGGUUGACCUGGCUGGUUCUGAGCGGGUGUGGAAGUCUGGGGCGGAGGGUGAGAGGCUGAAGGAGGCCCAGAAUAUAAACCGCUCCUUGCUGGCUCUGGGGGAUGUGAUCCAGGCCCUGAGGGGGCGGCAAACACACAUCCCCUUCAGGAACUCCCGCCUUACCUACUUGCUGCAGGACUCCCUGGGAAAAGGCAACAAAACAGCCAUGGUAGUACAGGUGUCUGCUCUGGAUAGUAACGUGGGAGAGACGCUGUGCUCCCUUAAGUUUGCCCAGAGAGUGUGUAAGGUGGAGUUGGGGCCAGCAGCGCGAAAGAUUGAGGCUGGAGGCCAUUGUGACUCCUAAAUCACCCACUUCCUGUUCCCAUGGAUCCCCAGGAACUCCCACCAAAAAACUGACAGAAGCAUCCCCAGAGGCACUCAUCUCUAUCAGUCAUUGUCACAGCUAUCAGCUCUUAUCAAAAACAAUCCUGCAAAAGGGCUAAUGCUUUGAAGGUCUCCAUAACAUCAGGAUUGCCAUUUCAAAGUGGACACAGUUGGGAUUAAAACCAUCAAGUGGGAGAAAGCUCCAUCUCUUUGACCAUUGGCUGAUCCGCCUGCUGCAGUGUUCAUCUGUGUACUCAACACCCAGAGUACCAAGACAACUUCCGACUCACCAGUGGCUACGUUUGGUUCUUCCCACAAGAAAUGCUGUUGCCAAUGUCUACAUCGCUGAAGCCCAGGGUUUUUUGACUGAAACUCCACUGAACAUCACUAUGCUUAAAGCUGCUUCAUAAUAGUUUUGGCAUGAAAUACAUGCCACAGUAAUCACUUUCAUUGUGCAAUUAUAGCAGUAUUAAUUAUCCAGCUACAACUAUAUGUAUUGCGUGAGCUUUGAUUCUAAUAUACUCAGCUGUAUUUCAAAUGGUAGUGUGUAGGAGAUUUUGAGUGUUAGUAGUGGAGGAGGGGCAGACGUGCAGUUUCAGUGGGACUUUAAUCACAUUGUUGUUUGAUCUUUGAUGUGUCGUUUUUUCGUGGAAGUUGAGAACAGCAGUAUUAUCAAAUGCUCCAUUGUAGGCCUGUUAACUGGCUUUCCAUGAGAUGAGGGGAGUAGGCUGGGUAAAUUAGAUUGUUCUGUGACGGUACGGUAAUGCCCACAGUAUAUGUGCAAUAUCUUCCUCAACAGGGAACGUCUAGGUCUAUUGAAAGGACAAGGGAAGCACUUUAUUGUGAAAGAUAGUGUGUGCUUAUCAGACUGAACGAGGUGCUUAUCAGUAGAUAGACAGUACCACUAGUCAAGCAUUAUGCCAAAACCUGCUUAGCUGUGAUCUGUUCUCCAUCCUAGAUGUACCUCUAUUUAUUAGGCAGCUCUGGAUUCAAAAGAUGGCAAGUAAUUCAUGUUGCAGAAACGAAUAAACGUGGACUGGUGUCACUUUAAGAUAUGGUUGAGUAAGAAUGGCAUUUACAGAUUAGUACAAACUUGUGUAUGUUUUGAAAAGUCUCUACUGAUAUAAACAUCCUUUUUGAAGGAAAUAGUUACAGGUAACAUCCUAAAAAAAACAAAAAAGAAUUUACUGGAAAGAUUUCAUAAAACAUUAUGACCAUAAAGACAUACAUUUCUACACCUGCUUACGCAAUGCAUCAUCGAUUGUACAUAAAUAGCCCUUACGUCACAUGACAUUGAUACAGGUCUGGCUCUCAAAUAGCUGUUGCCAAGAAAAGAU